AACUCAUUUGAGUUUAGAUCUGCUGCAGCAGUUUGAACUGCUCAAAUGUUAAAAAGAUGCUAAGAAUCAGCCCAAGGCAUUUUUCAGUGUUACAGACUUUCUGAUCACAUUUGUGGUGGUCACUUGUUUUUGGGUGUGCUAGUAUUGGGCAUAAAAAACAUGCCACAAGGCUGGUCACAGGACAUUGGGAAGAGGCAGAAAUAGCAUUGCCAGCUACUGAAUUUGAAGUAAUUUACAGUUGUGUCACACCAUACCAUGAUUAUACUUGUUCAUGGCCUAGCACAAAAUAAAACAGUGGGGGAAAAAACCCAUUAUCAACAGCCACACUCAGCUGCUUCCUUUUGUGGCUGUUCCAUGCAAUUUGCCGGUUUGGUAAAUAGGUAGAGGGGGCCAGGGACCUAGAUUAAAGGCAUUCAGCUCACAGUAGACUUAAAGGAAGACUGCAGUGUAAUGACACUCCAGUAGUUAUUGAAUUUGAUUGUGAAGGCUAAAUUGUUAAAGAUUCUUUUGAUGUAUCUUCUAUGUGGUCUGCUACAACUUUAAUUAUGAUUUUGCAUCCACUCUACCAUUCUGAAAGAGGGCCAUCUUAUCAGCCUUUGAUGAGGAGUUAUUAACACAGAGUAACCUUGAAGACCAUGGUUCACAGGGGAUUCAGUCUGACGCUAAUUAACUAGAUAGAAAAGUGCUGUUUUGAUACAUUGUUGAGAUUUAGGGAAUAUUCUAUUUGAAUGCAGGAGAGCAAGAAUUCUCAAUGUUGUACAGAGAAGCCGGCUGCAUAAAGAUACUGCAAUUGUUUUAAGGCAUUGGAAAAAAUGUCAUCUGUGACCGAACAGCAACUCCCCUGGAUGCCUUCAGGAUGAUGUCUGCGGCCCAUUAUUACCCCAAGCUCAUGAGCAUCAUGGGGAAUGUUCUUCGCUUCCUGCCUGCCUUUGUGAAGAUGAAGCAGCUGAUUCAGGAGGGCUAUGUAGGGGAGCUGCUGGUGUGCGAGGUGCAGGUGCACAGCGGAAGCUUGCUGGGCAAGAAGUACAACUGGAGCUGUGAUGACCUGAUGGGGGGUGGGGGGUUGCAUUCGGUCGGUACUUAUAUCAUUGAUCUCUUGACCUUCCUCACCAGCCAGAAGGCUGUGAAAGUACAUGGGCUGCUCAAGACCUUUGUGAAACAGACAGAGCACAUCAAGGGAAUACGUCAGAUCACCAGUGAUGACUUCUGUACGUUUCAAAUGGUUCUGGAAGGCGGGGUGUGCUGCACUGUGACCCUCAAUUUCAAUGUCCCCGGGGAGUUCAAACAGGAUAUUAUUAUGGUGGGUUCAACUGGACGACUGAUUGUCAUAGGCACUGAUCUGUAUGGGCAGAGCAACAGCUCUUCUCAAAGAGAACUCCUUCUAAAGGACUCCAUGCCAGUCAGCAAUUCCUUACUGCCUGAGAAGGCCUUCAGUGAUAUCCCAUCCCCGUACCUUCAGGGUACUAUUAAGAUGGUGCAGGCCAUCCGGCAGGCGUUUGAGGACCAGGAUGACCGGAGAACCUGGGAUGGGAGGCCCCUCACCAUGGCUGCGACUUUCGAUGACUGCCUGUAUGCCUUGUGCGUGGUGGACACCAUUAAAAAGUCAAACCAACUAGGGGAAUGGCAGAACAUUGCAAUCAUGACAGAGGAGCCGGAGCUGAGCCCUGCGUAUCUCAUCAGUGAAGCUAUGCGCAGGAGCAGAAUGUCUCUGUACUGCUAGCUUCACUCUGCUGUUGAAAAGGCAGGGAAACAACACCGUUCUUAAGGAAUUAUUCAGACAGCAUAAAGAUUUGGACAUACUACAUUUCACAACAUGGGGAAAUGAAAAAUGUGGAGUUUUAAACCAGCUAAAUUAGUUGGUGUCUUUGUAACAGUGACGGGAGCAUUAGAAAUGUCUAAGCUAGAUAGAUGGAAAUGAGAAUUGUUUAAGAGCUGACCUAAAUAAUUUGUAUUAACUGUGUGGCAGCAGUAUUAACUGGCUGGAUAAUGAGAUAUCAUGGAAUCAGUCUCAUGCAUGGAAGUGCUUAGCUGAUCCAGUUCUGUUUACUGUGAAAGUUCAGGAAGUCCUUUCUGACUUACCUGACCUGCCAAAGGGCUGUGAAAGUUCUGUCAUGUCAGAAAGUCUCCCGUGGCAUCUGAUGUGAAGAGUUCCUACCAUGCCAGCUGACAAUAUCACAAUGUACUACUACAUCAUUAACCACAGCAUAGAAUAGUAAGACUUGGUGUGAUUAAGUAUCACAUGACCCAGACAAACUUGGCAGCUCAAUUUUCAUAACUUAUUCUGAAUGUUUUUUUUUUUUAACACAAUUAAGUAGGGAACAUUGUGGCUUUUGCAAACAAGUCAGUUUCCAACUGCAGCUCGUAUGUGGAGGUGCAGGUCAUGGGAGAGCAUUCUACAAACUCAUGCUAAGCUUCAGUGUUAGCUGUACAGAUGUGCUCCUAAAGAAGGGUUGUGUAAAACCUUCAUCGGCAAAAUCCAAGUCAUGGGUUGCUUUCCUGAGUUAGGGAUUUUUACACAGCCAAAAGUUGGGCCAGGUUUACAUACUUUCUUGAGAGUCUGGGAUUCAGUUCCGAGUGGACAUGAAUGAUGGCAAAAAUAUACAAAAUGAAGUGGGCUUUGUUUUGAGUUUUUGUGUCUUUUUUUUAAAUGUAUGUGAACCUGAACCUUUAAAAAAAAAAAAAUCUGUGCCAGUCACCAUGGUCUGAAUGAAAAUCCACAAAGAAUGAGAAAAAUCCUUAUGGAUUUGAAGGGGGGAAAAAGCCAAAACCUAUUUACCUGCCUAAAGUCAGCAGCCAGAGGUCCUGUUUUGUCUGUUCCCUGUGUCAUCAGUGCAGGAACAGACAACUGGCCUCUGGUUUAGUUGUCCUUUUUGUCUUUAAUGUCUUAGGCCCUGCUCUUGCAAACAUUUUAAGUGGAUGCAAGUGAAUUGUCCUGGUGAAUUAGUGGGACUCAUUUUAUGCAUUAAGCUAUUCAUGUAUUAAGAGUCUGAAGCAUCACCAGGGCUGCGGCUAUGAAAAAUAACACAACAAAAUGUAAUCCCCAAAAGAAUAUACAGCAAAAUUAUAUUUGUCUUUAAACUGAAGCAAAACUACUUACUUGGUUAAGCUGAUGAAGAAAAUUUAUAUUUGCUAUAAAUUGAGAGAAAAAUUUUGAACCUUUUUCUCAGGUAAACUAGGUCAGUAUACUCAUCGAUUGUUUAGAUUUUAAAACAUAAUGAGUCUUUAACUUUAAAAAGUAUGUUUACAGCUCUGUAAUCUUUAGGGGCACUCUGAGCUCCCUUGGGAACCCUGCUACUAACCCAUACCUUAUUACCUUGUUGUCUUCUGUUAUGGUCCAGGCUUUAGUGCUGCAUUCACUGAACUGGGAGAGCAAUUAUAAGUACAAAUUUUAUUUUUUAAAAAGAUGUAAAAUCCUAGAUAUUUGUGAACUUUCAUGACUUCUUCCCUGAUAUCUAUGAAUAGUGUUUCUGAUGGAGGAAAAUGUCAUAUAAUUUGUUUAAAUAAUAUUGUGAAGUGACUCAAACUAUUGGAUGAUUACUGUUUGAUCAGAUCUAGCAAUUGCAUUUGUUGAUUGCUACUUCUGCUAGGGCUCUGAGCAAGGAUGCAGGGUUUUUCCUUGAAGGUUUCCAAGUUGUUUAAAAUUAUUAAUUGGAAAAUAAUUGUCAAUUAAGCAAUUUAAGAAAUAGCCAAGAUUACAAUCAUUGCUGCACACAAAACUUCCUUUAUUUAAAUAAACCUGUACCCCUGUCUUCCCUCUCCCUCCCCCCCCCCCCCCCCACACAGACACACACAGAGGCAGAUGAAAAACUAAAUUUCUCUUAGCAAAAGAAUUAUAUUACUCAGAGAGGGUCAAGCAACAUAUGGGCUGUGUCUACACUGGCAUGAAUUUCCGGAAAUGCUUAAAACAGAAUAGUUUUCGUUA